UGUAAUAUACCAGAAGGGAAUACAUCCGAAUUUCUGAGUUUCAUCCCAGACGGCACGCAUUGCUUUUCAUGAAUAGAUUUCACCAUCAAACACUCCCUAUCGCCUCUCUGACCCAACUCCACCACCAACAGCAAAACUUUCUGUCUGUUCAUAUAUCUAUAUAUACAUAUAUUUAUAUAUACCACAUUGAAUCUUCAGCCUGCAGGUUUGAGGCAUAGAAGGGGGACCAUCCACGAAAUUGCAAGGAGAUUAUAUGAAUUCAAAAGGUUCAGUUUCGACUGCAAUGGAAUUAACGAUGGAGUUGGAGCUUAUGAAAGAGCAGCGCAUCGUCAAAAGAAGAUCAAUGGAAGGCAAAGGAGGAGAAGUGAGGCGACUUCACAUCAUCUACUUUCUGAGUCGAAUGGGUCGAGUGGAACAACCCCAUCUCAUUCGUGUCCAUCAUCUCAACCGCAAUGGUGUAUAUUUGCGAGAUGUUAAAAGAUGGCUUUCGGAUUUGAGAGGGAAAGAAAUGGCAGAAGCAUUCGCUUGGUCUUACAAGAGGAAGUACAAGACGGGUUAUGUUUGGCAAGACUUGCUAAAUGAUGAUCUCAUCACCCCAAUCUCUGACAAUGAAUACGUCCUCAAGGGAUCCCAAAUCACGGGUCUCCAUUUGGAUCCCUGUGAGAAAAACGCUUCCACCCUGAAGCAGCAAGAGGUUGAGAUUGAAGUUGAAGAUAAGAAUGAAGGCAGACAACAGCGAGCCUCAACAGGAGAAGCAAGUGAAGGACACCCAGAUUCUAAAAUCCAUACCCCAAUGAAGACAUCAUCCGAAAUCAUCGAAGAAUCACCCCCAUUCAGCUCAGAGACCUCCACGGUGACAGACUAUUCUAUGAAGUUUGAAGAAGACAAAUCUCUGGAGAGGAGUAAACAAGAAAUGAGUGAAAGGGAUUUGAGCUUUGAAAAUUCUUCUUCUUCUUCUUUCUAUUCUAACCCCAUCAAUAAGAAGAGCAAGACGAAGAAAAAAAAGAAGACAAAUAAUGUGGAAAAGAGUAGUGCAGCACCAAGUUCAUCAUUUGCAUCAUUUACAAAGAGCAAGAGCCAUUCAAGUGGAGCUUCUCAGGUGUUCCGCAAUUUGAUGACUUGCGGUGCUGUGGAUACAAAGGAUUCAGCCCUGGUUAUGAUGAACUGCCCUGAUAAAGCUAUGAAUAAAUUGGAUUGUCGAGCAGAGAAGUUGGGAGGGUCUGCCAGAAUCCUUGGGACUCCUAGGAAACAUCAACAACAGCAACACAGCGGCCGGAUAAGCUUUGAUGGAACAGAGGGUUUAAAGAAGAAGGGUGAAUUCGCCAACUUAAAAGCCGCAUCUGCUACUUUCAAGCCAGUGGCUACUCCCAGUUGCUCGCAAUGCGGGAAGUCGUUUAAGCCAGAGAAAAUGCACACACACAUGAAAUCAUGCAGAGGGAAGAAGGCAUCGGCAAAGAGUGCUGCUGCUGUUGAGAAAACACCAUCUCGGAUACCGGCAAAUUCCUGUAACACUGAUUCAGUUCCUGGCUAUUUCUUGACCCACUGAAAGUUCCAAUCUCUUAUACAGAUUAGUUUUCUCCUUUUAUCUUUCUACCUUUUCUCGAUGUAAAGUGCUAAAAGAGGGUGCAUAUUCAGAGGAUGAGCACGCAAAUAUAGAAAAACAAGAAUUUACGGUUCUUUA